AUCUGCGUUGAGGAUACAUAAGAGGGUCUUACUGACAUAAUACUUAGCCAACAUUUUAUUUACAAGUUUAAACAGAUCUUUUGAAGGACUACAACACAGAAGAAAAGUGAUGGGACACGAAAGUGAGGUACUGUUAGAUAUCGAACAGCUCUUACCACAGGUGAGGAGAUCUGGAUCUUCAAAGUCGGGCAUCUGGAGGAUGUGUGGUGCUCUCCUGGCUGUGGCCCUUUGUGCCGCCGCUGCAGUCUGCUUCACGUUCAACAAGUCUCCGGACAGUCAGGAUGACGGAAGCAAUCUGAGGCAUAUGUUGAGAGCAGUUCCACAGAAUGCAAAUAACACGGUAAAGGAUGCCAUACAUUUAACAGCAGGAGAUUUUAAAGGAAUCUCCCUCGAGUGGAAAGACAACCAGGAUCAGGCGUUCUUUCAAGGUGGCCUGAAAUUAGUGAAAAAUGAAAUCAUCAUUCCCAAUGAUGGAAUAUACUUCAUCUACAGUCAGGUGUCUUUUCGCGUCACCUGCAAGUCGAAUCCUGAAGAGGUCCAGGAGAUUGUACAUGUGAGCCAUGAAGUGAUGCGCUAUUCUGAUUCAUAUUCUGAUUCGAAGGCUGACUCCAAACCGCUCUUCAGCGCUCUGCGUUCCGCGUGUGUUCAGGUGCCCGACAGUGAACAGUCGUGGUACAGCACAAUUUACUUUGGUGCAGCUUUUCGAAUGAAUGCUGGAGACAGAUUGUUUACUGUGACGUCCCCCCCCAGCAAGUUUACAGAAGUCGAAGAAGAGCAGGGGAAAAACUUCUUUGGGGCAUUUGCGCUGUGAAAAGUAACCAAACUUCAGAAGAAAUAGAAGCAAGUCAAAGAAAUACUGAAAGGAGGACGGCAAAUUGUAAUGCGUUCCAUAACGUGAAAAAUGACCUUGGACUGACCUAUAUGUCUUACAUUAAAACACAGGUCAAAAACUAACGCUAUGAAACUCAUGGGUCUAUCGUCACGCAUCUGAGGAAUCCAGAAAUAUGCUCAUUUUAUCGGGGAAAAAUAUAUAUUUGGGCAUUUGAAUUCUGAAUUAAUGCAAUACAAUAGAUCUAGUUUUUAUGCAUACGUAUUUUAUUAUUGAAUUGAUGUUUAUUUAAUAAUAAUACAUGUAUUUAUUUAUUGAACUAUUUAUUUAUUUAUUUUCAUUCAUAUUUAAAUAAUGUUGA